AUGGAAUAAGUAUAUUAUUAGAACUUAAAGUGUCCAAAGCAUUUUAAAAAAGACAUUGAAUUUAUUUAAAUAAAAGAUGUUUUGUAACAAUCUGAAGCAAAGUCUCUUUUUUAUUGCUCAUAAUGCAUUAGCGAAGAUAAUUUUUUUAAGCAGCAAAAUUACAUAUUUAUUGAUUAAGUAUUAAAUGAAGGCAAUGAAAAAAUAAUUUAGAAAUGGCCUCCAAUCAAGAAUAAUGAAAUUCUAUAGACUCUCAUUGACAUUAUGUAGUAUUCUAGUGAUCAAUUUAGUUACAUUUAACAAAUUGACAGCUAUUUUAUUAACUUGAAAAACUAAAUUAUGUAAAAGUUAGAUUAAAUUUAUAAGAAUGCAAUCUAGCAAGCUGAGAGGUACCAUACAGCUGAUAUCAUAAGCAAUUAUCAAUAAAUUUCUAGAGUUCUUGAAUUCAGAAAACUUCUACAAACAAUAAGAUAAUAAAAUAAUUUAUAAGAGUCCUAAAGAUAAUGCAGAAUAUUUAUCUAAUCAGUAGAAUCUUAAAAAGAAAAGAACUAGGUAUUAUUAGAGAAUCUGUUAAUUUAAGCUCUUGAUGCUAAUACUUGUUUUAAAAUUUAGGAAGCAAAUCUUUAAAAAGAUCUUAUACUCAAAUAGAUUGAAUAAAUCAGAUUUUUUGAAGAAAAAGAAGAAUUAGUUAAAAAUAUGUCAAAAACUAAUAUUGAGUAGAGCUAAAAAGUAAAAAUAGCUUAAAUAAUUGAUUUAAUAGGAAACAAAUCAAACUUCUGCUCAAGUGAAUUUUUAAAGGAAUUUAAAGAUAAUUUGUUAAAGUUGAGCUCUAAAAUAGAAAUUAAUUAUGUCAACUAAAUGUUUGAAGAAAAUAAGUAGCCAAUUGAUUUUUCUAAAAUAAACCCUUAAAAAUUAGAGUUAAUAAAAGAAUAUGUAGAGCAUGAGAACUAGCUAAUGAUAAACCAAAAUUAUAAAAAUUAAAUUAUAAAUUCGAAUGAAAUAAUUUAUAUCAAUUAAAUAAUAAAUUAAUCAAAGAGAUUAUAAUAUCCUGAAAUAUUUUAAGCUUUUGAUUAAUUUUUAAUCCAAACAUACCCAUUUUUAAAGGCGUUGUGUAAAUUUCCAGAAAAUAAUUAUUUUAGCUAAAGAUUUUAAUUGAAUCCAAAUUAUUAACAAGACAUAUUAUAAGAAAUGGUAAUCAAUUCAACUUCAUUUAAUGAAGGAAUAUCUAUCUUAAAGUCUUUGAAGAAGGAAAAUGGAGAAAUACAACUGUAAUUGAAUAGGGAUUGCAAUUAUAUAAAUUGCAUAUCAAAUAUCAUUUUAAAAAGAAACAAAAAAUAUAUAUUUAGAAUAUAAAUAGAAAGCAGUAAUGGAAAUUGUUUUUAUGUUGGAUUAAUGAAAAAAUCUAACUCUAAUUUGCAACAUGGAUAUAUAGAUUCUCUUAGUUGUUACUUUAAUAAUAUUUAAGGAGCAGUAUCUGCAAAGUUCACAUAGAGUGGGAUGAAUAAAUUUUUUAAUUGCUCAAAUUUUAUUUUAUCAAAUAAUAACACAAUUGAAUUAAGAGUAUCUCAAGAAGAUUCAAUUUUAGAAGUGCUAGAUUACCCAAAUUAUUAAUAUAAAAUAUCUUUAAAUGAUGUAAAAAAAAUAGAUUUUAUGAGGUAAUAAGAUUUAGUCUUGUAUCUAUCAUUUUGGAAAAAAGAAAUAAAAAUUACAAUUAAUUAUGCUAAAAUUGUUGACGGUUUUUGA